AUGGAGCUGUGCGUGGCUGUCCAGAUGACCUGGCUCAACAUCCCUCCAGACAUCUUCUGUCCACUUGUGGAAUCGAUCAUCAACAUGUCUGAUGAAAAUUUCACUGAAAUCACGUUUGCUGGAUUUCCAAUAGAGAGCGAGACUGAAGAUGAUGUGAAUGUGACCAACAUUUCCGCCAGUCUUCUGAAGAGCCGUCAGACCACAGUCUUCCUCCCUCUCGUUUACAUCAUCAUCUUCAUUGUGGGGUUGCCCAGCAACACCAUGGCCAUCUGGGUGUUCCUCUUCAGGACAAAGAAGAAGAAUCCCACAUCCAUCCUGAUGGUCAAUCUAGCACUGGCUGACCUGCUCUUCAUCGUGUGGCUCCCAGUGAAGAUCGCCUACCACUUCAACGGCAAUGACUGGGUCUAUGGGGAGCCACUGUGUAAAGUCCUAGUGGGGUUUUUCUAUGGGAAUAUGUACUGCUCCACUAUCUUCAUAACAUGCAUCAGUGUGCUGCGCUACUGGACAGUAGUGCACCCACUUUCUCAGAAACCAAACAGCCGGGAAACAGUCUGCAUAUGUGUUUGUGUGUGGGUUGUAGUCUGGCUCAUCACUGUACCGCUAUACCUGUAUGACCAGACGGUUAAAGUCAGUAAUCUCAAUACAACCGCCUGCCAUGACAUCACUCGCUCCAACCAUACACACUUCCCUGUUGGAUAUUUCCUGACCAUGGGCACUGUGGGAUAUGUAGUUCCCUGUGUGGUCUGUACUAUGUCAUACCUACUGACCUUUCGCUCCCUCAGCAGGUCCGUAACAGAUGCCAGCAGUAAUAAGAAGAAAAGGAAGGCUAUAAUCCUCAUGGUCACUGUGCUGGUGAUGUUCCUGGUCUGCUUCACUCCCAGUAACAUUAUGCUGAUGGUGCAUUACUCUCUGCUGGGUGCAGGGCUUCAGAAUUAUGUGUAUGGUUUCUACAUGGUUGCUCUGUGUCUGGGUAGUCUGAACAGCUGCCUGGACCCGUUUGUGUACUAUUAUAUCUCAGAGGAGUUUAGAAAACUUGUAAGAAAUGCCCUGAUCUGUCACAAUGAGCACACAGGCAAAUUGAUAAGAGUUUCUUUCAGACCUGUAAAAACAUUGAAAGAAAGCCCAACCCCUCCAAAAAGCACAACAUCGACAUCCACGCCUACAGUGUAAAAUCCAAAAGAACCCAUUAAAGAUUCUCUAAAUGCAUCUGUUGAGCAAGAAAAUGCAAAGCUUAAAGCUUCAGCCUAA